AAAAUGUUCAUUUUUCCUGAUUCCACACUCAGGCCCAGGUUCAACUGGAGAUGUUUGAGCAACAACACCUGGAUUGUUAUCAGAGGUGGAACACAAGGAGUCAGGAAACAGAAUAUUCAGUGCUGAAGUUUGUAAAUGCAGGAAAGAGAACGAGUGAAGGACUUCAUGUGGGGGUCUGAUGGAUCCUGCAGUGAGAUGUGAUGUUUGCUGUGGUCACAAUAAUGAAGGAACAGACAGUUCUCCUUGUUAAAAUCCACCUGAACUGGAGGAAACUCUCAGUUUGGAAAAGAAGCACAGACACAUCAGCAGGCAUUUGAUUCAGUCCAGAUUGAUUUAUCAGAGAAUCUAUCAGUGAUUAAUGUGAUCAGAAACAUGUUUGUGUUUGCAGAGUUCAGAUCCACAGACAGAGAUCAGAGUUUCCAUCCUCCAGCCAUCUGUCCAUGAAGAGUGACUGGUCCAGAGAUGAACCUCUAAACUUCAGUAAAGAAGCUGAACCCUCAGACACAAAAGUGAUGAAGAGGAGGGGAGUUUGUGUGGAGGAGCAGCCGUCCCGCUGUGCUCGGUGUCAGGACGUCCUGAAGGAUCCAGUCUCUAGCAGCUGUGGACACUGGUUCUGCAGACAGUGCAUCAGCUCAUACUGGGACCAGUCUGCUCCAUCAGGACACUCCUCCUGUCCCCAGUGUGGAAAAAGAUCCCGAACCAGCAGCUGUGGACAAAGUGUUGGUCUGCAGGAGGUUCUGCAGGAACAUAAGAUGAGUCUGAGGAGGAGAUGUGAACAUGUGACUGAAGGAAGUGAUGAAGCAGGAGGUGGAACCCUCCUCAACAGGAUCUACACUGAGCUCUACAUCACAGAGGGACACAGUGGAGAGGCUGAUGUCCAACAUGAGGUGGAGCAGCUGGAGACAGCUUCCAAGAAGAGCCUCCAUGACACUCCCAUCAGGUGCCAGGACAUCUUUAAAGCCUUACCUGAGCAGCAGAGAGCCAUCAGAGUGGUCCUGACCAACGGCGUGGCCGGCGUGGGAAAAACCUUCUCAGUGCUGAAGUUCACUCUGGACUGGGCAGAGGGCGGAGAAAACCAAGACGUCAGUGUGGUGGUGGUGCUUCCGUUCAGGGAGCUGAACUUGAUCAGAGAUGAGCAGCACAGUCUUCUCACGCUGCUCCAUGUUUUCCAUCCAACAUUACAGAAGGUGACGGCAGAGCAGCUGGCUGUCUGUAAACUUUUGUUCAUCUUUGACGGUCUGGAUGAAAGCAGACUUUCACUGGAUUUCACUAACAGGAAGGUUGUGUCUGACGUCAGCCAGAAGUCAUCGCUGGACGUUCUGCUGGUCAACCUCAUGGAGGGGAAUCUGCUUCCCUCGGCUCUGGUCUGGAUCACUUCCCGCCCUGCGGCAGCCAAUCAGAUCCCUCCUAAAUAUGUGGACAGGUUAACAGAAGUACGAGGCUUCACCGACGUCCAGAAGGAGGAGUACUUCAGGAGGAGGAUCAGUGAUGAAGAGCGCUCCAGAACAAUCAUCUCCCACAUGAAGACAUCCAGGAACCUCCACAUCAUGUGUCGACUCCCAGUGUUCUGCUGGAUCACUGCUGCAGUUCUGGAGCACAUGUUGACCACAGAGCAGAGAGGAGAGCUGCCCCAGAGCAUGACUGACAUGUACUCACACUUCCUGCUGGUUCAGACACAGAGGAAGAAGAAGAAGUACCAUGAGGGACCUGAGACGAGUCCACAGGAGCUGACGGAGGCUGACAUGGAAGUUCUUCUGAAGCUGGGGAGGCUGGCCUUUGAACAUCUGGAGAAAGGAAACAUCAUGUUCUACCAAGAAGACCUGGAGCAGUGUGGUCUGGAUGUGACAGAGGCCUCGGUGUUGUCAGGAGUUUGGGCGCAAAUAUUCAGGAGAGAGUGUGAGAUGUUCCAGAAACCAGUCUACUGCUUUGUUCAUCUGAGCGUUCAGGAGUUUCUGGCUGCAGUCUACAUGUUCCACUGUCACACCAACAGGAAGACGGAGGUUCUGGAGAAGUUCCUGGGAGAAGAACGGAAUGAUCUUUAUGUUGAUGAUUUUAGUGAUGAUGAAGAUGGUGGUCAUUAUGAUGAUGAUGCUUCUUUUUAUUCUGAUGAUGAGGAGGAUGAGGAGGAGGAGGAUAACAGAGACAUCUCAUUCCUGGAUGUGUUCCUGAAGAAGGUCAUGGAGAAAUCCCUCAGCAGCAGAAAUGGUCACCUGGACCUGUUUGUUCGUUUCCUUCAUGGCCUCUGUCUGGAGUCCAACCAGAGACUAUUAGGAGGUCUGCUGGGUCAGAAAAAGAACCAUCCGGAAAUGAUCCAGAGAGUCAUGAACAACCUAAAGAAGAUGAAGAAUAACACUUUUAAAGUACCUCCAGACAGAAACAUCAACAUCUUCCACUGUCUGAUGGAGAUGAAGGAUCUCUCAGUACAUCAGGAGAUCCAAGAGUUCCUGCAGUCAGAAAACAGAUCAGAGAAGAAACUCUCUGAGAUCCACUGCUCAGCUCUGGCCUACAUGCUGCAGAUGUCAGAGGAGGUUCUGGAUGAGUUGGACCUGAACAAGUACAGAUCAUCAGUGGAGGGAAAACGGAGACUGAUUCCAGCUGUGAGGAACUGCAGAAAGUUUCGACUUUCUGGCUGUAGACUCUCAGAGAGUCACUGUGAAGUCAUGGCCUCAGCUCUGAAGUCCAACCCCUCCCAUCUGAUAGAACUGGACCUGAGCUGGAGCUACUUGACGGAUUCAGAAGGAGUGAAGCAUCUUUGUGAUGGACUGCAGAGUCCAAACUGUAAACUGGAGACUCUCAGAUUGGUGGAAUGCUAUUUGUCAGAGAUCGACUGUGAUUCUCUGGUCUCAGCUCUGAAGUCCAACCCCUUACAUCUGGAACAUCUGGACCUGAGCUGGAACAUCCUGCAGGAUUCAGGAGUGAAACAUCUGUUAGAUCUUGUGAAGAGCCCAGUCUGCAUCCUGAAGACUCUGAGAUUGGAGCGCUGCUGGUUGUCAGAGAUCAGCUGUGAUUCUCUGGUCUCAGCUCUGAAGUCCAACCCCUCACAUCUGGAACAUCUGGACCUGGGCUGGAAUGAAGACCUGAAGGAUUCAGGAGUGAAACAUCUGAGUGGUUUUGUGGAGAGUCCAGACUGCAUCCUGAAGACUCUGAGAUUGGUGGAAUGCAGGUUGUCAGAGAUCAGCUGUGAUUCUCUGGUCUCAGCUCUGAAGUCCAACCCCUCACAUCUGGAACAUCUGGACCUGAGUCACAACAACCUGCAGGAUUCAGGAGUGAAACAUCUGAGUGGUUUUGUGGAGAGUCCAGACUGCAGCCUGAAGACUCUGAGUUUGGAGUACUGCAGUUUGUCAGAGAUCAGCUGUGAUUCUCUGGUCUCAGCUCUGAAGUCCAACCCCUCACAUCUGGAACAUCUGGACCUGAGCAGGAACGACCUGAAAGAUUCAGGAGUGAAACAUCUGAGUUGUUUUGUGGAGAGUCCAGACUGCAUCCUGAAGACUCUGAGAUUGGUAGAAUGCAAUUUGUCAGAGAUCAGCUGUAAAUAUCUGGUCUCAGCUCUGAAGUCCAACCCCUCACAUCUGGAACAUCUGGACCUGAGUGGAAACGAAGAGCUGAAGGAUUCAGGAGUGAAACAUCUGAGUGGUUUUGUGGAGAGUCCAGACUGCAUCCUGAAGACUCUGAGAUUGGAGCGCUGCAGUUUGUCAGAGAUCGACUGUGAAUUUCUGGUCUCAGCUCUGAAGUCCAACCCCUCACAUCUGGAAUAUAUGGACCUGAGCUGGAACUAUAACCUGAAGGAUUCAGGAGUGAAACACCUGAGUGGUUUUCUGCAGAGUCCAGACUGCAUCCUGAAGACUCUGAGAUUGUGGCGCUGCAGUUUGUCAGAGAUCAGCUGUGAUUCUCUGGUCUCAGCUCUGAAGUCCAACCCCUCACAUCUGGAACAUCUGGACCUGAGUGAGAACGACCUGCAGAAAUCAUCAGUGAAACAUCUGUUAGAUCUUGUGGAGAGUCCAGACUGCAGCCUGAAGACUCUGAGAUUGUUGGGCUGCAGUUUGUCAGAGAUCAGCUGUGAUUCUCUGGUCUCAGCUCUGAAGUCCAACCCCUCCCAUCUGGAACAUCUGGACCUGAGUAACAACAUCCUGAAGGAUUCAGGAGUGAAACAUCUGAUUGGUUUUGUGGAGAGUCCAGACUGCAUCCUGAAGACUCUGAGAUUGUUCAGCUGCAGUUUGUCAGAGAUCAGCUGUGAUUCUCUGGUCUCAGCUCUGAAGUCCAACCCCUCCCAUCUGGAACAUGUGGAUCUGAGUAAGAACUACCUGCACGAUUCAGGAGUGAAACAUCUGAGUGGUUUUGUGGAGAGUCCAGACUGCAUCCUGAAGACUCUGAGAUUGGAGAGCUGCAGUUUGUCAGAGAUCAGCUGUGAUUCUCUGGUCUCAGCUCUGAAGUCCAACCCCUCACAUCUGGAACAUCUGGACCUGGGUGGGAACAACCUGCAGGAUUCAGGAGUGAAACAUCUGAGUGUUUUUGUGGAGAGUCCAGACUGCAUCCUGAAGACUCUGAGGUUGGAGGGCUGCAGUUUGUCAGAGAUCAGCUGUGAUUAUUUGGUCUCAGCUCUGAAGUCCAACCCCUCACAUCUGGAACAUCUGGACCUGAGAAGAAACAACCUGCAGGAUUCAUCAGUGAAACAUCUGUUAGAUCUUGUGGCGAGUCCAGACUGCAUCCUGAAGACUCUGGAAUGGGAGUCACCACGUUCAGAACCAGUUUGGAGUGCAGAACCAGAUUGGAGUGCAGAACCAGAUUGGAGUCCAGAACCAGAUUGGCAGCAAGAACCAGAUUGGAGUCCAGAACCAGAUUGGGGUCCAGAACCAGAUUGGAGUCCAGAACCAGAUUGGGGUCCAGAACCAGAUUGGAGUCCAGAACCAGAUUGGAGUCCAGAACCAGAUUGGUGGUGAGAGGAUGAAGUGUGUCCUGAUGAUCCAGAUGUUGAAGCAGCAGCUGGUGUGCAGAGACUCUGAUGGACCAUGUUACUGGGAGGUGGACUGGGAACCAGUGUAAAGUGUGUUGUUCUCACUGUGUAGUUUAGUGUUGCAGCUCCACACUGAAUGAUGGAGAAGUGCAGUUAAUGUUGACAUGAUCUGUUGGAGGUUGAUGUCAGGUUGCAGAGUGUGCAGGAAGUUUCAGGAUGUUUGUGUCGGUGCAGGAUUCUAUUUCAGUUGACUUUCUAUUUCCAGCUGCAGUCAAAGUUGUUGAGCUUCUCUACCUGCAGCACAUUGAGCUGAUGAGAACAAAGUGUCCUGGAAACAUGUCAGCUGAAGCCUUGGAGCCCAGACAGAGUUUAAUGAAGCACAUUUUACUGGGUUUAGAUCACAUCAUGUUGAGGCCACAAACUGAAGAUAAAUCCAGUUUAGUCCUCAAAGGUCCAGCAGCAGCUUGUUAAGCUCAGAGUUCACAUUUAAUCUGAACAUCCUUUGACCUUUCUGAGCUCCUCACUUCAUUUUCUGUCAUUAAUUUCACAUCAGAUCAUGUUUAUUUUUCUAAUGUGACUUCUGGAAUAAGAUGAGAAAUCUGUCAUUUCAUGAAAAAUCCUUAAAAUCUCACUUUUAUUUGUUAACUGUCACUAAUUGUAUGUAAUGUGAGAAAUAUAUCAAAGCUAAAUUUUAUCGUCUCUAUUAAAUAAAAGGAGAUGUUUGUGAAAUAUGAAUAAAUUUGGUGUAAAAUGUG